UUCGUUUAAGAACGCGGUAACAAUGCGGUUGGUGAUAAUAUUCCUACUUCUAUCUUUAAUAACGAGUGCGCUCAGUAAGCAAUGCGGUUUUUCACGAUAUCAAGACCCAAUAAAACGAGUAUUUAUCCGUAAAAAGCGAUUAAUAGUAUUUCCCAAUUAUUGUUCAAUGAAAAUAACAGUUGCUGUUGGAAAAGCAGUGAUAGCUACAUAUCCGACUGGGCACAAUUUGAGUUUGGAAUUAAGUGUAUAUUACCCGUUGCCGACGAAACUGGAAGAAUGGUAUCCACGCAGAUACCGGGAGAGGUUGAAAAUGGCAACGAAGAAACCGAUGGUACCACCGAAAAUGCCAAUGUCAGUGAAAAAUUCUCUGAUAUCUCGAAUAGAUCAUGACAGGAUCUACUACGAAGGCGGUGCAUCGUAUAUACCAGGAACUCAUUGGGCAAAUAGAGCUCCUGUUUUAUACUCGGCACCAAAGUAUUCAGCGGACAGAGUUUGGAUAAAUAAAGACUACAAUAAAUUUCGGAAGAGACUGCCCUUUUCUAGGAACCCAUCUUUCCCGGAAUCAAUUAAAUGGGGACAGUAUUUAACCAAGGAAUGGAAGCCAACAACCCAAAAAUAUAGAAAACCAAUACCUGUCAAAAAUAUGUUAAGCAAUUAUAGAUUUGCACAUAAGUUUGAUGACAAUGACCGCUCACGGGUCUCGUUCGAUGAACAAUAUCUAUUCGAAAACAACAAGAAUUUUGAAAGAUACUACCGUGCGCAUAAGGAUCGACGAGAUUUAUAUAACUACAUUGAGCAAAUCGGGAAAAAUUAUGGAUUUGACUUGAAAGCGUGCAUCCUUCGAGCAAUUUGCGAAUCAAAACGAUAUUUGCUGCCUAUGGGACAUUCUUUGAUUCAAGAUAUCAUAAGGAUAGCAUUUACGUUGCCUUCAGAUAGGAGCAUCUUGGACGAAUAUAGUAAAACUCAAGAAUCUCAAGAAUGUGAAGGAGCCUUCGAUGAACGUUGUCCUUUCAGCAUUAUUGAUAUGGCCUUGAAUCCUGAUAAAAUGAAGUGAAUAAUUUUUGCUAAAUUAAGCUUUC